AUGCACAUACUCAUGGUAUCAGCCGCUGAUGUAGAUAAUGGAAGAGGACCACCUCCACCGGCCCCCGGAUCGGGACAAGGGCACUAUUCGAUUAGCAACAGCGGAGGAGGAGGAUAUCAUUUAUAUGAUCAUCAAGUUGGAACCGGUCAUCAUCAUGGGCUGACCGAUCGAAGUUACAAUUAUCGAAGUAGCGGUGGUUUGUAUGGCAGUAGAGAAGCUAGAAUUAACCUGAGAAAAGAUUACCUCAUUGGCCAUGGUAAUUUCAAUAGUUCUAACCUAAAUAAUAAUAGUAGUAGCAGUAGUAGUGCCAAUCGACGAACCAGUACGGGUUUGGGUUUACUUGGUGGACCUAAUUACACUAGUUGCAUUAAUACCGGACGGCAUCACUCAACCCCAGUUUCCUCUUCCUCGGUGGUCACGUCUCAUCAUCAUCAUCAACCACCUCAACCUCCUCCACCACCUCAACCACCACCAUCACAACCGCCAUCAGCAUCGCCCAUUAUUGUACCUCAUCAUCAACCAAGUCAACCUACUCAAUCACAGCCACCCCCUCCUCCUCCAUCAGCGUCUCAAAAUCUGCCACCACCACCACCGCCUCCACCCUCCAAUGCUAUUAUUGGUAACACUGCCCACUGUAACUCUGAUACCGGAACAGGUUCUAACUUUGAUUCCCGUUAUUAUGGUGUUAUGACCACUGGGGCAAUUGAUUCUUCCUUUCCACGAACAAGAAGCUCAUCUUAUCGAAAAGUGCCCGAUAGGUCCUCAGGACAAUCAUCUCUCCUCUGCCGGUGUGGUUCCGGUGGAGCUCUUCUUCCAUCACCAAGUCCACCUCCUUGCAUACCUCCAGUCAUCAGUGGCUUCGCUCGUGGAGCUCAAUCCUUGCCGUCCACACCCAAUGCUAAUAGACGACUCAUAUCACUUUCACCGCGCCUUGAUCGUACCUUCCGAUUGGACAUUGGUUCAGAAAGAAGAAAACAAGAUCAUAGUAUUCCUGGAGCUCAGAUUCAGGUACCAAUUCCUCCUCCUCCACCGGCUCCAGUUUUAGGAAUGGAGCCAUGUUAUCAAGGAUAUAAUUCUUCCAAUGCUGCCCUCGAUUGUAGUGGGGCGGGUGUAAGUGAAAGUACAGUUUUGGCCAGUGGAAUGGGCAUGGAUGAAGAUCCUGCUUCUUCAGGACAUCAUCAUCAUCGACCAUCAGGGGCCCGAGUGCGAGCCUUAAAUCAAGUAUUGAGUCAACAAAGGAGGUCACUAAGGUAUCGAACCUCAUCUCAACCCUUGAUGAAAGUAUCUUCAUUGGUUAUUGGUGUAGUUGCCGUUUUAAUCAUUGGUUUCAUAGUAUUAUCACCUCUCUUCCAUAUUCUGCUGCCCUGACAUUCAUGAUGUCCGUCAAAAGAAAUCAAAGCAAGAAUUAAACAAAUUUAAUUAAAACCAAACAAAGCAAGCAAGCAAAAAAAAACCUUAUACCAUUAAAAACACAAAAAAUGAUUUGACAGAAGAGACGAAACAAAAUAAACAGUUGUAUUACAGUAUCCACUGAUCAAAAUGUAUUACACUUAUUCAUCUGCAAUUUUUUUUGGGUUUACACUUUUCAACCCGCCUUGUUUCAUCAACAUUAACUUUGGGUUUUAAGUUAUCAUCAGCUUUGUAUAGCUUUGAUCAACAAUUAACCAUAAUUAACCUUAUAUUACCUUUAAUAUACUCAAUUCACGUUAAAUGUUAAUAUCAUCACUAUUAACCAUUACUUAUAACCACAAUUUUAUUAGCAACUUGAAACUCCAAAACAACCCAAAUUAUAGUGAUAAAAACCCAGCGCCAGUUAAACUUGAAUCAUUAUAUAAAAACAAAAAUAAUUAGCUAAUUAAACCUCUUUUGCUCAACAA